ACACGCAGCCCCGUGCACGAGUCUGGGUUGCGACCGGAAGUGAUCCGAUUCCAGACCCGUUCCAGGAGGCCCGAAAGAAUCGGGUUAUUUCUAUGGAAGAGAUGUCAGGAGAAAGUGUUGUGAGCUCGGCUGUGCCGGCAGCUACAACACGGACCACCUCUUUUAAAGGGUCCAGUCCUAGCUCCAAGUAUGUGAAGCUGAAUGUUGGAGGAGCGCUGUACUACACCACCAUGCAGACCCUGACCAAGCAGGACACCAUGUUAAAGGCCAUGUUUAGCGGCCGUAUGGAGGUUCUCACUGAUAGCGAAGGUUGGAUUCUGAUUGACAGGUGUGGAAAGCACUUUGGGACCAUUCUGAACUACUUGAGGGAUGGCGUCGUCCCGCUACCUGAGAGCCGGAGGGAGACAGAGGAGUUGUUGGCAGAGGCUAAAUAUUAUUUGGUGCAGGGGCUGGUGGACGAAUGUCAGGCAGCUUUACAGAACAAAGAUGCAUAUGAACCAUUUUGUAAAGUUCCAUUGGUGACAUCAUCCAAAGAGGAACAGAGACUGAUUGCCACCGCCAAUAAGCCUACAGUCAAACUGCUGUACAAUAGGAGCAACAAUAAAUAUUCUUAUACAAGCAACUCUGAUGACAACAUGUUGAAGAACAUUGAGCUGUUUGACAAGCUGUCCCUGAGGUUCAACGGUCGAGUGCUCUUCAUCAAGGACGUGAUUGGUGAUGAAAUCUGUUGCUGGUCCUUUUAUGGCCAGGGCAGAAAGAUCGCAGAGGUGUGCUGCACGUCAAUAGUCUACGCUACUGAGAAGAAGCAGACCAAGGUUGAAUUCCCAGAGGCUCGCAUUUAUGAAGAGACCCUCAACAUCCUGCUCUAUGAGUCUCAAGAUGGACGUGGGCCUGACAAUGCACUCCUGGAGGCCACAGGGGGCGCUGCAGGUCGAUCUCACCACAUCGAUGAGGACGAAGAAAGGGAGCGUAUUGAAAGAGUGCGAAGGAUUCAUAUAAAGCGCCCUGAUGACCGCACUCACCACCACCAGUGACCCUACAGUAUACCCUCUUUUCAGUGCCUUAAAAACCACCAGCGCUUCAUUACACCCCUGUAUUUGCACACUGACACGUCAGUUACGAGUUAGAUACUGCAACGACUCUGCUUUCGUAUAAAAGGUGAUACUCAAAGAAUAACUGGUAUUUAGUACCUUCAUAGGUCACUUAGAAGUGUGAAUAUAGUGUAUAGGGCAUCCAUUAGUAUGGCAAUCGAUGGGCAUUGAUUUUUAACAUCAUUUGUUAACUUUUAUGGACCUCAUUGAAAGAUAUGAUAGCGAUUUUAAUGUGAACAAAAGCAAUCGUAUGAAUACUUUCACUGCAUUGACAUUCCCUUAACAUUUGCCCUAUUUGCUAUUUAUAAAGCAGUUUCCAAUGAAUAUAUCAAGUUGACUAUUACAAUUGUCAUUUAAUUAUAGAUUUGCAACUAUUGAAUCAUAUCAUAGCUGCAGAACAAAGUGUCAGCCAGUUUCCCAUGUUUGUGUUAUGUGUGUCGAUAUUUAGCGUAUUUUGUUUAAGACUGUAGGGUUCCUGGUGCCUUAAGGUUAAUACUGUGCUUUUCAUGUGGGUCUGUGUGAUUACCGUUUGAGUUUUGUAGCUUUUGAGUUUAUCCCCAUUUGUUUUCGAUUGCUGUUGUCGCUUUAGAUUGAAGUGUUGGAGUCAGAAAUUCACAGUGCUGUUGUGUCUUACUGAGAUAUUCUGAUGCGAGCUACAGGACGUUUGCCGAUCUUGAACAAGUCGAAAUGGUCUGACAGUCCAUUAGUUCGGUGAAGGAGUAAAAGGUCAUUAUUUUUGCCUUAUGAGGUUGUUUUCAGAUGUCUUUUAAAGUAGAUGAUAUGAAUUGUGGCCAAUAGAGGGCAGUAUAGUGUUAUGGUGUCAAUGAGUCACUUCAAGACUAGUCAAAACUAGUACUUUAUCAAAAUCACAAGUUGUCUUACUCUAUUAGUUAUGUUUAGUAAGAUCAAACCGGGUUUUAGUAUUAAAAAUAUUCCAUACCACAGUUUUAAAUUUUGUCAAACUAAUUACACCUCUGGGUUUGGUAAAGACAUUGAGAUGUAGUGCGAAGUAUUCAUAUGUAAGUGUAAUUGAGUAACAGACGGUUAUGUACUUGCCCGAACUCUCUUACGCUGCAGCGUGUAGCAUCACAGAUCAUUUGUGCUCUCUAGUUUUAUUAAAGGUGUAUUCAAAAACUAUGAAAUCUGUAAUCCUGUAGAGAAGUUUGUACAGACGUGCACAUAAAAAUGUUUUACAUACAAAUUAUUUAUACACAUGUUAUCACAAAUAAAGAUUUCUACAAAUUUUGUAGACCAAAGUA